ACUGUCUCCCAUACUCCUCCAUCACAGCUUUAUGUUGGCUGAAGUAAACAGAAGAACAUUGGCUGUCCAGAGUCCCUCAAGCGCUGUAAUGAAUAUGUAAACAUCGCUUCCCAAGUUUCUUGGACUAACGCUGCAAUCGGACAGUAUCAUUCAUGUGUCUGGAGGGCUUUAUUUCAUUUAAUUAGCCAAGCUUUGAGAAGCUAAAGUGUCUUCAGAUCUCAAACUGACCGGCAGCGCCUAAUUUAAACCGUAAAGUGUGGAUUGAUGGAGGCGUCUUUGAAACACGGAGAGCGGGAACAACCUUGUGUUUAAAUCAUUCAGCAGCUGAGCUUGCCUGUGAGCGUGUUUUUGAACGGAAAACAUUAUAGCGGAGUUGCUGUUUGCCGGCUUUCUUUGUGUUACUCUUCUCCAAGCAUGCCUGAACCUCGCAGCGCAGGAGGAGUUUGAACAUCGCCAAACCUUUCACAACAUCCAAAAACUAUGGCCAGCGAUCACUGCUUAUAGAAGAGGAUUACCAAAACUCCGUAUAAAACCACCUUUUUACCUUUUCUCUGUCCCCUUGAGCUGCAUUAAACCUGCGUUGUUCACCGCUUCCCUCUCGUUCACUGCGCCUGGAUUGUUGAAGGACAAGUGAGAGAAAAAUUGCGCCCUUUUCGUAGAGCAGCGCUUCGCCGAGAGGAAACAUGGAUGUAUUUUAUCCGUCUGCCGGAGGGAAUUCUAUUCCUGGAGACCCACAGAACCUGGAUUUUUCCCACUGCUUGGGAUACUACAACUAUAAUAAGUUUGGGAAUAACAAUAACUACAUGAACAUGGCUGAUGCCAGUGGAGCUCUAUUAGCAGGAGAUACGUUUCAUACUCCAAGUCUUGGUGAUGAGGAGUUUGAAAUACCUCCUAUCACCCCUCCUCCCGAGACCGAGCCUGGUAUGGGUCUCCAGGAGGUGGACUCAGCUUUCCCUGGGAUACCUGACCACCCCAACUCUCAUCGGGGGUCGUUCACCCCUCAGUUCCCACCCCAGAGCCUGGAGCUGCCCUCAAUCACCAUCUCCAGAAAUAUGAUGGAGCAGGAAGGACAAAUCAACAAUGGACAUCCAAGGGCUGUCAGUCAGACCCACCUCCGUCAGUACCCUCCAAACCCCACCAUGGUGAUGCGUUCCAUCAUUAGCAUGCAUAACCCCAAUGGCAUGAUGUCACAAAACCAGCUUACCACCAUCAACCAGUCCCAGAUCAACACACAGCUGGGGCUGAAUAUGACCGGAUCAAGCAUUGCUCACACGUCCCCAUCCCCACCCGCCAGCAAAUCAGCCACACCCUCUCCCUCCAGCUCCAUUAAUGAAGACGAUCAAGAGGAAGGAAACAGGGUGAUUGGUGAAAAGCGUCCCGCCCCUGACGCAGGUAAGAAGCCGAAGACGCCCAAGAAAAAGAAGAAGAAGGAUCCCAAUGAGCCUCAGAAGCCAGUGUCUGCAUAUGCCCUGUUCUUCAGAGACACCCAGGCGGCCAUUAAAGGCCAGAACCCUAACGCCACAUUCGGAGAGGUGUCCAAGAUAGUAGCUUCUAUGUGGGACGGACUGGGAGAGGAGCAGAAACAGGUUUACAAAAGCAAAACAGAGGCCGCAAAGAAGGAGUACCUGAAAGCUCUCGCAGUGUACCGCGCUAGCCUUGUGUCAAAGGCUGCCGCAGAGUCAGCGGAGGCCCAGACGAUCCGCUCGGUGCAGCAGACUCUCGCCUCCACCAGCCUGUCUCCAGCGCUCAUGCUGCCUUCCCCUCUAUCCCAGCACCACUCGAUGUCUGCCGCAGCACAGGCACUCCAGCAGGCCCUGCCUCGAGCCAUUGCCCCAAAACCUCUGCAAAUGCGUGUCGGCAGCAGCCAGAUUGUCACCUCAGUCACAGUAGCUCAUCAGAACAUGACACCCGGCGGCGUUCAAUCGCAGCUGCUGGGGCAGAUGGGAGCGGGUGGUCCGCAGACGGGCAUGUCACCACAAUUGAGUCCACCGAUGCAGCAACGGCACGCUUCCAUGCAGCAGCACAUGCAACAGCAGCAGAUGCAGCAGCACUUGCAGCACCAUCAAAUGCAGCAGCAGCAGCAAAUGCACCACCAGCAGAUUCAGCAGCAAAUGCAGCAGCAGCAUUUCCAGCAUCACCUGCAGCAGCAGCUUCAGCAGCACCACAUGCAGCAGCAGCAACAGAUGCAGCAGCAAAUGCAACACAUGCAGCACAUGCAGCAGAUGCAGCAGCAUCAAAUGCAGCAGCAUAUCCCGCAGUCGCAGUGUUCGCCUGUGCAGCACUCGCCUGGUACGCCGCACUCGGCCUCUCUCGGCAGCCCGCCACCCCCUCCCGCGUCCCAGCCUCACCCCUCGCAGGUACAGGCUCAUGCCCAGGUCCUGUCGCAAGUGAGCAUCUACUGA